AGGCACCACCUGUCCGUUGCUCCGGGUUCCCGGUUCCCUGGCGCCUCCGCCGCCACCCCCGUGAACGGUACUAAUCUCCACCGCAGCAGCUACAAGUUGCACCAGUAGCAUAGCUCACAGGACACUCCCUCCCUCCACUAGGCACCACAGUGCACCACGAGCGUAUGCAUGCAUGUGUGUAUGACAGCCAAAACGCAAUAGGAAACAGAGCUCAUCGUCCUGCCCAUCACAACUUCUCUUGGCCUCUUCCAUGGCUGCUGCUCCUCCACUAACUACAAGCAGGCUUCUCUGCUAAUGCUGCUGGGCGGGGAUGCAUUGGACAUUGGAGGAAGCUAUAGUCUAGUCUAGUGCCAACAUCUUUGUGACUUGUGAGAGAUUAAUUUGGACGCCAUUCUGCUUGUGCACAUUGUUGUUGUCUGGUCACCACUCACCAGCACCUGUCCCUCAGGCGGCUUUGCCGCUUUACAUCCAGGCGAGGCCUCUGAAAUUUCCCUGUACCCACAACCCACAAUCCAAAGCUCCAUUCCGCAGCAGCUGCCGGGACGUACAGUCCUCGAUCACCAAAGCCGGAAAGCAAUCGCCAAAGCAGAUUGGCUUGUGCAGUACACAUUCUUAAUCCGAUCGCCUUUUUGCUCCGCCGGUUCUUGCUGAUCGAUCGCUCGAGCAGUGACGCCGAAGGAAUCGCCGUCUUCUUGGCCGGCAAUGGCGGCGGCUGGUCCGAGCUGCUUGCUGGCGUUGGUCUUCCUGGCGGUGCUGCUCCCGGGGGGCGCGCCGCUGCUGCAGGCCUCCCAGACGUGGACUCUGCUCAAGGUGCAGCAGCUGCUGGGCCGCCCCCCGGCGCUCCGGCACUGGCGCCGCACCACCGACUUCUGCGGCGGCGGCGGCACCGUCGCCCCCUCCGCCUCCGUCGUCUGCUACGGGGACACCGUCACGCAGCUCCACAUCGCCGGGGAUGCGGGCGGCGCGCCGCCGCUCCCGCUUAACUUCUCCCUUGGUGCACUGGUCACCACGCUGUCCAGGCUCCCCGACCUCAAGGUGCUCACGCUCUCCGGCCUCGGCCUCUGGGGCCCCCUGCCGGGGAAGCUGGAGCGGCUCGCCGGGCUGGAGAUCGUCAACAUGAGCCGCAACUACCUCUACGGGCCCAUCCCGAGGGGCCUCUCGCGGCUACAGGGCCUGCAGACGCUCAUCCUCGACGACAACAUGAUCGGCGGCGAGGUGCCGGGCUGGGUCGGCACCGCGCUGCCGGCGCUGGCCGUGCUCAGCCUGCGGAACAACUCGCUGGCCGGCACCGUGCCGGAGUCGCUUGGGAGGGCGCCGUCGCUGCGCUCGCUCGUGCUCGCCUCCAACAACCUCUCCGGGAACCUCCCCGACAUGCGCGGCCUGGCGAGCCUCCAGGUGCUCGACGUCGGCGGCAACUCGCUCGGACCGGCGUUCCCGCGGCUCGGGAGGAAGGUGGCGUCGGUGGUGCUGAGCCGGAACAAGUUCACCGGGGGCCUGCCCGCCGCCGAGCUGAGCUCCUUCUACCUGCUGGAGCAUCUGGACGUGUCGCUGAACCGCUUCGUCGGGCCGUUCCCGCCGGCGCUGCUGUCCCUGCCGUCGCUCCAGUACCUGAGCAUCGCCGGGAACAGGUUCACCGGGGCGCUGUCCGACAAGGUGCCCUGCGGCGACAACCUCCGGCUCGUCGACCUGUCGUCGAACCUCCUGAUGGGGAGCGUGCCGGCCUGCUUGAGGCCGGGCGGGAAGCCGGCGACGGUGGUGCUCUCGUCGGAGAACUGUCUGGACAGGGGCGACGGCUCGCAGCACCCGUCGCCGUUCUGUCAGAACCAGGCACUGGCCGUGGGGAUAGUUCCUCGUCACAAUGAAAAGAAGAAAGUUAGCAGGCACGCGGGCUUCAUCGCCGGCAUCGUAAUGGCGGUCCUCGUCGCCGUCUCGCUCGUCGGCGCCAUGGCCUUCUUCGCCGUCAAGAAGAUGACCAUGGAAGGGGCGAAGACCAGGCCCUCGGCGACAUUGAUGGAGGACCAUACUUCUACUUCCAGUGCCUACCCUUCCAAGCUGUUCGCCGAUGCACGUUACAUAUCACAGACAGUGAAGCUAGGAGCUUUGGGGAUCCCACCAUACAGAUCAUUUUCUCUGGUCGAGCUCGAGGCGGCGACGAACAACUUCGCAAACUCUUGCCUGCUCGGGCAAGAUUCUUAUGGCGAGAUGUAUCUGGGGAAGCUAAGCAAUGGUGCCUCGGUGACAAUCAGGAGCCUCAAGGUUAAGAGGAACCAGAGCUCCCAAAGCUUCAACCGCCACAUCGAAACGAUAUCUAGGCUCAGGCAUCGGCACUUGGUCAGCGCCCUAGGGCAUUGCUUUGAAUAUGAUCUCGACGAUUCCACCGUAACCCAACUCUACCUCGUGUUCGAGUAUGUGCAAAACGGGAACUUGAGGAGCAGGAUUUCACACGGAACCGAAGGACGGAAGCUUACCUGGGGGCAGAGGAUAUCGGCCGCCAUUGGUGUCGCGAAGGGCAUCCAGUUCCUGCAUGGAGGGAUCAUACCUGGUCUAUUCGGGAAUAAUCUGAGGAUCAGCAACAUUCUUCUAGACCAGAACCAUGUCGCCAAAAUCGGCAGCUACAAUAUCCCAAUCCUAGGAGAGGCUGCAAAAUCUGAGGGAGGGGCUGGAAGCAGGCACCAAACUGAUAGCACGAUGCUCGGCGACAAGAUCGAUAUAUUUGAUUUCGGGGUGAUCCUGCUUGAGCUUGUGUCUGGAAAGCCGAUCACAUCCAUAUAUGAGGUGGAGAUAAUGAAGGAACUGCUGCUGUGGGCAAUGGCCGAGGAGGACAGGGCCAGGAGGAGGAGCUUCGUGGACCCUGCGGUGAGCAAGAGCUGUUCAGAGGAAUCACUGAGGACCGUCAUGGAGAUCUGCCUGAGGUGCCUGGCCAAGGAGGCGGUGCACCGGCCGUCGGUCGAGGACGUGCUCUGGAACCUCCAGUUCGCCACCCAGGUGCAGGACGACUGGGAGGGGGAGAUCCGGAGCGGCGACGAGUCCCCGGUGUCGUCGUCCCGGACCGCCAGGUCCUCCAGAUUCAGCAGAUAGACGAUGAACCAGCUGUUUCUCCCGUCCAAACCGUGCAGCUCCCAGGAGGAUGGAUGAACAUGCCGCUGCAGGUGACCGAGUUAUCCUCCAGGAUGUGCAGAAAAGGAGGCUCCAACUAUUAGGGUUGUUUUUCUUCUGUCAGUGUAGAGCUCCUUUUUUCCCUUCCAAUCCCCCUGUUGUUUCUCUACCUGAAGCCUUCAUCUCAAGAGAGAGCAAUUUUUCCUAUGUUUUUACUCUAUGCUAGUAAUAAUAAUAAUAAUGUUGGGCAAGCA